UGUGCCUAUAUUUUCUCUCAGGCAAACCCUAGUAGUGCAAGCGUUCUUCAUCACUCGGCUGCCUCUCGUCCGCUUUCCUCUCUCCGAGCGUUUUGCCAAUCCGAGAAAAUGGCGUUCAAGAGGUACGUGGAGAUAGGAAGGGUGGCGCUUGUCAACUACGGCAAGGAUUAUGGAAGGCUCGUCGUGAUCGUCGACGUCGUCGACCAAAACAGGGCUCUGGUUGAUGCCCCUGAUAUGGUGAGGACGCAAAUGAACUUGAAGAGGUUGUCUCUGACUGAUAUCAAGAUUGAUAUCAACAGAGUGCCCAAGAAGAAGAAUUUGAUUGAGGCAAUGGAAAAAGCGGAUGUGAAGAACAAAUGGGAGAACAGUUCAUGGGGUAGGAAGCUGAUCGUGAAGAAGAGAAGGGCUUCACUCAACGAUUUUGACAGGUUCAAGAUCAUGUUGGCUAAAAUCAAGAGGGCGGGAGUUGUGAGGCAGGAGCUUGCAAAGCUCAAGAAAGAGAGUGCUGUCUGAGCAUCAAUUCUGGUUGUGAUUUUUGUUACUGUGAUUACAAAGUUUUUGAAACCUUUAGAUUUUGCAGAGAGAAUGGUUUCUGGAUUUUGAUGUUUGAGUUGUCAUUUCAAGUUUAAAAGACUUUAUAAUGGCGAUCGUAAUAAUGUAUCAAAAGUA